UCCCAGUCUGUUUGUCGGACAUUCAGCCCAACAUGCCAGAAGCAUGACGGAGAACUGGUUGAGCUGGAAGGAGAAGAGAGGAGAGGAGCAAUGUUAGAGAAAAGUUUUCUUCAAACGGGAAACAUGGAGCAAAGCGGCUCAGAGCUGCAGAAAAGCUGAGUGAUGGUCGGAAAGUUUUACCUCCGGAAAGCCUGACGAGGAAAUAAAACAUAAAGAGUAUGGCACGCCGCUCUCAGUGUUCCUCUGCUGGGGAUAAUCCCCUGGACCCCAACUACCUCCCUCCCCACUACAGGGAGGAGUACCGCCUGGCUAUUGACGCCCUGGUUGAGGACAGCUUGGAUGGAUACUAUCACUUGCUCCAAAACGUGGACGUUGUGGACUUUCUGUCGCCGGAUGAAAUCCAGUACAUCCAGAGCGUCGUUCAGCCUCCGAAGCAGAGCAUCCACCCUGAGCAGCAGUUCCUGGAUUGUGAGGGAGAAGGCUCCUCGGACACCUACUGGCCCAUUCACUCUGACCUGGACGUCCCGGAUCUGGACCUGGGCUGGCCUCAGGUGCAUCACUUCGUUGAACCCACGGAGGUCACGACCCUCGUUAACCCCCCUGAACCGGACAUGCCGAGCAUCAAGGAGCAGGCGCGACGACUGAUCAAGAACGCCCAGCAGGUCAUUGCCAUAGUGAUGGACAUGUUUACUGAUGUGGACAUUUUUGCGGAUAUUCUCAAUGCUGCAGGGAGGAGAGUUGCCGUCUACAUCCUGCUGGACGAACACAACACUGAUCUCUUUGUUAACAUGGUUGCCAACUGUAGAGUAAACCUACAGGCCUUUCCAUUCAUACGCGUGCGUACGGUGUCUGGGAUAACAUAUCAGUGCCGCUCAGGAAAAACCUUCAAAGGCCAGAUGAUGGAUCGCUUCCUGUUGACCGACUGCAGAGCUGUGCUGAGUGGAAACUACAGUUUUAUGUGGUCUUUUGAGAAGCUCCACCGCUGCAUGGCGCACCUGUUCCUCGGACAGCUUGUGACCACCUUCGAUGAGGAGUUCCGGAUUCUGUUUGCUCAGUCUCAGCCGCUGAAUGUUGAAAACAUGCUCUCCCGGAUAGAGGAUUUAAGAGUUUUACAGAAGAGACAAUUUCCAAAUGAAAGCACUUCAAAGUACAGGGAGUCUAAAAGGUUCCUGUCUCUGGACGUUCCCUCUGAUGAUUGGGCAGGACAUUCUUACGAUGAGCACGCAGGCGGGAGUUUAAGGAUUAUGGCUAUGAAAAGGCAGGGGGCCGUUCGUGGCCCUGCUGAUAUGUAUAAUAGGUAUGGUUCCCAGCAGACCCUUGUGGACCCUUCUUUUGAUCAGGGCCCAGCACGGAUUUUGAUGACAGAUAAUCCUGCCUUAAAGCGUCAUUCUUAUGCCGGAGAUGUUCCAGGGAGAUACUCAUUGCCAUUCUUGCAACAACAGGGAAUGCCUGACUCCGAACCGAGAGGAAAGCUUUUUCACAGAGACCAGCAGCUUUUUCCGGGACCAGGAGCAGAAGAAGACUACAGCAGCUAUGAGAAGUUCUGGAACCAAGGCUAUAUGCAAGCAGAACAGUUCUCUGUACCAGGUUUACAACAAGAGGUACUACCACCUGAAUUUGACCCUGUUCUUAACUACUUAUCAUCUACCAGAAAUCUAGACUUGGAUCAAGGCUCAGAUAGAUUACUACCUCCAGCGGAUAUACCUUUUACUUCCCCUCACCCCAAAAGAAGGGGGGUAAGACAGCCAUAUGUCGGUCAAACCUCUCCUACAUCUUCAAACUCAGAUCAGAAGCCUUUUAUCCGUGACGCCACGAUGAACCGCAAGGAUCCCACUGUAAAACAGAAGCUUAGAAACUGGAGGAUUGGCUCAUACCUCAGUGCACAUGAUAAUCCAGAGGAAGAGGCCAUCCCAAUUGAGCCGACUCAGCAGCCAGAUCCUUUCGAAGAACCUGUGGUUCCGAUCCAACAAACUGCCCCUUUAGCGGACUUGCCAUUUCACAAAAUCCCCAACGUGAAAGAGUUUAAGGUUAAUACUGUACCUAGGAUUAGUCAGAUUCCCAGCUACGUCAAAGCACCACCUCAAGAGAAACCGAAGACAGUCCUGGAUGAGCCUGCUUCAGUGACAGCUGAAACAAAAACCACUCCAACACUUUUUGAAACUUCCUCCACCGCUGAGGUAAAAAAAGAUGAGGAAGAGGACCCAAAACAAACAAAAACCCCAAGGCUUCAAAGGGAUGACUCUUUUAGGAAGAAAUACAAUGCAGCAAUGCAGAGAAGCUCCAGAUUAAGAUCUUCCCUGAUAUUCAGUUCCCUUGACCAGCAAAACCCUCAAGAAACUACUAUUGCAGAUCAAGAAGAUGAGGGAGGUGACAAAAGCAAAACCGAACAGACCAAACUCCCCCUUGUGUCUCAUGUUUUGGGACAAAGGAGGUCUACUGCAAGAGAGCCAAUUGAGUGGAGUCGUUACAUAAAACCUACCUCAGAAGCACAAAAAACAGAUAAGGAUGAGGAUAAAGAUUCAUCAAGCGGGAAAGAUUCCCAAGACCUUUCAGAAAUGCCAGAGGGAAAGGAGCCAUUAAAACACACAGAUGUAGAUCAAGAUAGUGUUUCAUCAUUGAUGCCUCAAGUUAAGCUCACUGAAGCUCGGGCUCCCGAAACUGAUCAGCUGGUACUAUCGACCAAACCUAUGCCUACUUUUGUAGAUAUGAACGAUCCAGAUAACAGGCUCAUUUUUUUUAAAGAACUUGCAGCGCAGCGUAAAGCCGCCAAGGCAUCAGAAGCUCAAACGAAAAAAGAUAAGGGAGAGUUAAAACCACAACCUGAGCCCAAAACUACUUCAGUUUUCCAGAAGAAGGACCCUGUUUCAAAAGAAACUCCUGAAACUUCAGUAGCUAAGGAUUUAGAAAAGACACCUGCUGCAGAGAGUGGAAAUACCAGCAAAAAAGACUGUAAUAGCACUAAAACUGCCAAUGAACAAAAAACUGAAACCAAGAAAACUGAGAAGGACCUUCAGUCAUUGGUUAGCCUUUCUGUUUUGACCGAAACAGACCAACCUACUAAUAAACCUUCAGAAAACCCAACCGUGUCAAAUCCACUGAUGCCUCAAUCCAAACCGAUGAAAGCUGAAUUGCCUAAAACUGAUCAAGUGCCAGACCUGACCAGCCCAUUUCUCACAGCUUCAUCAUAUGUAGAUAUGAAUGAUCCUGAUAAUAGGCUGAUGUUCUUUAAAGAGUUGGCAGCCAAACGAAAAGCUUCAGCAGCCAAACAGGGAAAAGCUCUGACAGAACCCCAGAACACUUCAGUUCUCCAGAGUGAACAGAAUCCUCCAAUGGGAACACUAGAAAGUAAAAACACUUCUCUAAGAGAGGGUUUGUCAAUGAAAAAAACUAUGUCCACAGAGACAUCAGGGAAUGAAAAUACAAGGAAGAAGGACAGUCUUGUAAAAAAUGAUUCUAUUACUCUCAACACCUCUGAAGAACAAGCUCCCAAAGUUACUGCUGAAACGGUUAGAACAGACAUACAAAAGCAGUCUGAUGAACAAACAGAAACAAGUCAGAGCAAAUCACCAGAACAGUCAACUGUAUCAGAGCCAUCUCUUGAAAUAAAAUCACCCAAGCAAGCAAAUGCUGCUGACGCUACUGUUUCAUCUUGUAUAAACAGCGCUGACAAAAGAGAAAACCUUACUUUAGAAACUGUACCAGUCAUUCCCAGUUCAAUGGAAGGUUUAACAUCUUCUGAAUCAUUUCAACCAGAAACCAACAUCUGCUCCACUCCACUUCCAUCUGAAGCAGAACCUGCAUCAACCACAGGCUCAUUAAAUCCACCAGAGCACACCUCUACCUCUGAUAGCCCUCCACUUGUUUCAGAUUUGCAGAAACACCCUGUUGCUGCAAAACAGACAUUGCCUUCUGAUUCUGCCCAAGAAGUCUAUAGCCCCCCAAAUGAUACUAUAACACUGCCACCAAAUGUUGAUGAAAUCAAACCUAAGCAAGAAUCCUCCAAAGACACUUUAGAAAUCUCUGACAGCCAACACAACCAAACUCAUCUGGAAGAUAUUCCCAAAUUUGAAAACACCUCAAUGGACAAUGCUAAAAUUGUAAAGACUGAUGUUUCUCCAGACAAACAGGCCGCUGUUCUGGAGCCUAACAAGUUAAAUUCCAGCACAGGGACAAAUAUGGAAGAAGCUACUGUUAAACCUUCAGUUGAGGGAUUAGGGGAAAAUAGUAUUAAAUUAGAGCAAAAAGAGCCAGUUGCAAAAGAAUGUGAGGUUCUUGAAUCACCUGAAGAUCCUAAAACUUAUAGUGGAUCUCUGGCGCUUUGCUCAUCUACACCUGAUACCAGUUUGUUCUGUGAAUUGGGUCCAGAAGGCUCAGUUUCAGAGCAACAUUUGGAAAAUACAGCUUUGUCUAAUACAGCUUCAGGUGACACCCACACCCAGUCUCAUAUUACCUCAGCUGUGGAGAAAACCGAACAUCCCCAAGACACUUCAACGCAAAAUGCUCUCUCCUCUUACGUAAAUCUAACAGAUAUGAAUGCACCCCCAGUAGUUGAAACAGCAUUGCCCCCCGCAGUGUCUGCGGUGUCAAACCUUGCAGAUACUACCUCUAUGUCAAGUGAGACUCAACCACAAUCCAAGGGAUCAGCUCAGACAACGAAUGAACCUACUACGGUUGCCCCAGCUAAAGUCGAUUUGCUCUCCAAAGCAUCUGAUGCUGUCUGUCCUGAAAGCCAAACAGCAGAACCACUUGCGCUUAAAGACAGGAGCCAGGAGCCACCAACAGAGGAGUCUGUGAGCAGAGAGAGAACAAAUGACAAUUCCAAGCAGAGGAACAACUCUGAAAUGACUGAGGUAACAUCCAAUGAGACCAAACCAAAAUCAGAGGAAUCUCUUGAUCAGCCAAUAGCUCAGUCACUGAGUGGACCUACCAUGGUGUCCCCGACUGAUGCUGAUUUAGUAUGCAAACCAUCUGAAGCAGUCAGUCCUGAGAGUCAAACACCAGAGACACCUGUCCCUCAGGAAAGUAGUAAGAAAGAUCAGAAGUUAGUGAAGACAGAUGAGAAAAAAUCUGUCAAUUUAUUUGACAAAGAUAAGAGCCAAGAACCAUCCACCGAGGAGUCUGUAAGCAAAGAGAAAUCAAAAGACAAGCAAAGUAACCAUUCUGAAAUUACCGACGUCACGUCCAAUGAGACCAAACCAAAAUCAGAGGAAUCACUUGAUCAGCCAAGAACUCGGUCAUUGAAUGAAUCUACAAUGGUGGCCCCGACUAAGGCAGAUUUAGUAUGCAAAGCAUCUGAAGCGGUCAGUCCGGAAAGGCAAACACUAGAGACACCUGCGCCUCAGGAGAGUAGUAUAAAAGAGCCUGAGUUACCGGAGACAGAUGAGAAAAAGUCCAGUAGUGUACUAUAUAAAGAUAAGAGCCAGAAACCAUCCACUGAAGAGAAUGCAGGCAUAGAGAUAACAAAAGAUGAGUCAAAGCAGAGUAAUAGCUUUGAAACAAAAAACGUAACAUCCAAUGAGACUCAAAUAAAAUCUGAGGAAUCUCUUGGCCAGCCAACAGCUAAUUCAGUGAGUGAAUCUACCGCGGUGGCCCCAGCUGAGACUCAUUUACCCUGUGAUACAUCUGAAGAAGUCAAUUCUGAAAGCCAAACACCAGAGACACCUGUGCCUCAGGAAUGUAGUAAGAAAGAGCUUAAGUUUGUGGAGACGGAUGAGAAAAAAUCCAACAAUUUACUUGACAAAGAUAGGAGCCAGGAACCCUCCACUGAGAAGUCUUCAAGCAAAGAUAAGUCAAAAGACAAGCAGUGUAACAACUCUCAAAUGGCUGAGAUAACAUCCAAUGAGUCCAAACCAAAAUCAGAGGAAUCACUUGAUCAGCCAACAGCUCAGUCAUUAAAUGAAUCUACAAUGGUGGCCCCUACUAAGGCUGAUUUAGUAUGCAAAACAUCUGAAGCAGUCAGUCAUGGAAGCCAAACACCAGAGACACCUGUGACUCCGGAGAGUAGUAAAAAAGAGCUUGAGAAAGUUGAGACAGAUGAGAAAAAAUCUAAUAGUCUACUGGAUAAAGAUAACAGCCAGAAACCAUGCACAGAAGAAUCUUUGAACAAAGAGAAAACUAAAGAUGAGUCAAAACAGAGUAACGGCUCUGAAACAACGGAGGUUACACCAAAGCAGCCCAAAUCAAGUCAGUCUCGCUAUCACUCGUCGACAGUGAACGUCAUAUCCAGCAGCAACCUGCGAGACGACACAAAGCUUCUGCUGGGACAGAUUUCUGCCAACUCCCAAAGUAGGAAUGAAGCAACAAAAGAUUCCCCUGUCACAGAUGACGAGAAAGAAGACAAAGCUGACAAAAACGCCAAAAACGAGAAGGGAUUGGGGUACAGGACGUUAAACAGAGGGUCUACUAAAUCAGUUCAGGAGCGCGAGCAACUGCUGGAGAAGAUUCAGACCAUGAGGAAGACGAGGAAAGUUUACAGCCGUUUUGAGAUGGCACCUUGAGAGGAGUCUAAGGAAAGUGAUAAAAGGGAAAGACGUUUUUGGGUCUACAAGGUUCUUUCUGCUUUUGCUGCAAACAGGCUUAUUACGCACAAAAGUUUAAGGGGACCAGUGUUGCAUUAAUUUACCAUCAGUAGAUACAUCCACCAACGACGUUCCAUGUUCAGUAAAGGACUUCUGACUGAUGGCAUCGGAACUGUACGACCAGAACGGACAGGAAAUGGGUUCAGAAGACAUUCAGCAUUGUUAAAGCUGUGUUUACUGACUGCAUGGGUAAAGUGCAAUGCAUGUUUUUGUGAUGACACCUGUUGUGGCUAAUAGCACUGAAUCUAAAGUCCACUUGUUAUGUGACCUUAUAGGAAUCUGAAGUAACCAGUUUGUAAAACUGGUAGAACUCUAAUUUGUUCUGUAAUAUAUUGCUUGAAUUAACUUUUGAGAGAAUAUGAUGGAUAUUCAUAGAUUAACCUGUUAAAACAGUGGAUGUGUACAUUUUCAUCUAUGAGUAAGAAAGAAAACUUGAACUCAUGGAUCAACAGAAAUGGAUUAGCAGCCUUAGUGCUGAAAUAAGUCUAGAGCAAUAUUUGGACAGAAUGUGAUGUUUUGCUCACUUAACUUGAGAGACAUUGAAAUCAACUUUUGUUUGUUUUCAAGGUGCAGUUUGUUGUAUUACCCCAAAAUUGCCAUUUUAAUUUAGAGAAUUUCUUUGUGUCAUUGUAAAUAAGAAUCUCAUUUGAAAUUAACAAGCUUUGUUUAUUUGCA